AUGGCCUCACUCUCCUAUUAUGCGGGAGGUGAGUGGAUGAACUUCCCCUAUGGCAGCGAGCCGCGGAAACCGAAGGUCGAAGUCCUCCAUGCGACCAAGGAGCUAGUAAAGUUUACCCUCAGUGAUACAGACGUCAGUGUGGCGAACUCACUUAGACGGGUGAUCCUUGCCGAGGUUCCGACCAUGGCCAUCGAAAUCGUCAACAUUGAAGAAAACGACACAGUUCUCUUUGAUGAGUUCAUUGCUCACAGGAUGGGUUUGAUACCUUUAUCUAGCCACGGAGUUGGAGAUAUUCCUCCGGACGGUGGUGUUUUAGAGUUCAAGGAUUGCAACUGCUUUGAUGGAUGUCCGUACUGCACGAGGGAGUUCAGGCUCAAUGUUACCAAUCGUGAGGACAAGGUUCUUUCAGUUACGCAUUUCGAUAUUGAGGAGGACACACAGCAGACGAAAAGGUUCGAGCGACCAGAGUGGCCGCACUUCAAGAAAGUGCGGUGCUGUCCUUUUCGGGACCCUACCCUAGAUGAGGAAGCAGAUCACAAAGAGAACGGCAUUAUCAUCGCGAAGAUGAAGAAGGAUCAGAGCUUGAAGAUGAUCUGCACAGCCCGGAAAGGCAUUCCAAAGUAUCACUCCAAAUGGAUGCCAGUGGCAACCUGCGUCAUGAACUAUGAACCGAUUGUAAGUGUGAAUCCAGAAGUUGCAGCAAAGCUGACACUAGAUGAGAAGAUAGACUUCGUUCAGUCUUGUCCUCGGAAAGUCUUUGAGAUGGUUGAGAUCGAGGACACACACACGAUUGAGGUGGCCAGGCAUGAAGACUGCAUAUUUUGUGACGAGUGCACGACCAAGGCCAGGCUUCUGAACAAGAAGGAUCUUUGCACGGCAACGAUGGACACGUCGAAAUUCCACUUCACGGUUGAGGCUGUGACGUCAGAUGGGCCGCGAACAGCUGUGGACGUUGUCCGCGCUGCGCUGCGAAUACUUGACUACAAGCUGUCCCUCUUUCUUAAGGACGCAUAUGGGGACGACAUCCAAGAUCACCUGCCGUUGGAACCAGCGGUGCGAGAGAGGACAGGAAUGUAG